AUGCUGGUUCCAGGUUUAAAACACGUACGUGGUAUCCUUUUAUAUGGGCCUCCGGGUACUGGAAAAACACUUAUGGCACGUCAAAUUGGAAAGAUGCUGAACGCCCGAGAACCUAAGAUAGUGAAUGGUCCCUCCAUUCUCGAUAAAUACGUAGGCGAGUCAGAGGCUAACAUCCGCAAACUUUUUGCUGACGCCGAAGAAGAGGCCAAACGGAUGGGCGAGCACUCGGCACUUCACAUCAUCAUCUUCGACGAGAUCGAUGCCAUCUGCAAAGCUCGAGGAUCUACAGUUAGUUGCCCCCAUUAUAGUGGUUCACUCUACUUCAGUAAGGCUUGCGAUGGAGCUGGCUCAGCUGUUCAUGACACAGUAGUAAAUCAGUUGCUGACGAAGAUGGACGGAGUUGAGCAGUUGAAUAACAUCCUUGUAAUUGGGAUGACUAAUCGACGUGACAUGAUCGAUGAGGCAUUACUUCGACCUGGCCGUUUUGAGAUGCAAAUGGAAAUUAACCUGCCUGAUGAGGAUGGUCGGGUACAGAUUUUCAAUAUUCACACGUCACAAUUGAAGAAAUCAGGCAAAUUGGCUCCCGAUGUGAAAAUUUUGGAGCUUGCAAAGUUGACAAAAAAUUUCAGCGGUGCCGAGAUAGAAGGACUUGUACGAGCCGCCACGUUUACCGCCAUGUAUCAACACAUCAAUGUAAGUCUAUUUCAAUAA